AUGGCGUAUGGAAUCAGUACCUGCCAGCAAUUAGCCACAACCCUCAAUUUACUUCCCGGGAUUUCUGUGUUGAACACAACAUAUAUUACGAAUGGCACUCCAAUUGCGCUCGCCGACCUCGUGCCUUCAUGUGCCAAUGCAGCAAGCUAUAAUUUGGCUACCGCGACAACAGAUAUGUGCCGAGUAAUCGUAAACGCCAGUUCAAGUGCAUCUAGCACCGUUCGUAUCGAAGCCUGGCUACCAGAUAAGUGGAAUGGACGGUUCUUAGCGACAGGAAAUGGCGGUACCGGUGGUUGCAUCGACUACGGCAAUCUACAGAACGGUGCCAGUUUCGGCUUUGCUACAUUUGGCACAAACGGGGGACAUGACGGACAGUCUGGCUAUGACUUCUUCCUCAACAAGCCCGAGAAUAUCAAUGACUUUGGAUAUCGCGCGAUUCACGUCGAAGCGGAGACAGGAAAGCAAGUGGUUGAGCAAUAUUAUGGUCGCAAGGCAGAUUACAACUAUUACUCGGGUUGUAGUACUGGCGGACGUCAGGGAUUCGAAGAGGCGAUACUGUACCCUGAAGACUUCGACGGAAUUCUUAUCGGAGCAGUGGCUGUAGACUGGCUCCGUAUUGUGGCGUCGAAGGGUCUUCUGGCUCGACGCCUUGGCUGGCCAAACCUCGAGUCUUCCAGCUACGUUUCUGCCGCGCAAUGGGCAGCGAUUGUUGCUGCACAAGUUGACUUGCUAGACCCUCUAGAUGGUGUCAAAGAUGGGAUCAUCGACAACCCGACGCUCCAUAAUUUCGACCCAUCGCUGCUUGCUUGUGGCACCGGCGUGCUGAAUUCGUCACUCUGCUUGACUGCGGCGCAAGUCAGCACGGUGCGUGAAAUCUACCAGCCUCUUGCCAAUACCUCGGGUCAUGUUGUAUAUCCAUCUUUUGAAGUAGGCGUGCCCACUGGUGUAUUUUCCGCUAAUACUGAAGUCGUGAAUGGAACGACAAUGCCACGGCUCACAUACGGUUUGGUUGAUGACUUUUGGCGCGGUGCAGUCUACAAUGACACUUCAUUCUCAGUACUCAACUUCACCACAAAAGAUAUGGAUUUCGCCACCAAUCUGAAUCCUGGGGGGAUCAACAUUGCAGGUGGCAUAUCGCACGAUGUCUCCGCAUACCACAAGAGGGGCGGAAAACUCCUGGCAUACCACGGUCGCGCUGAUCCAACCGUCAUGUCAGGUCUGGCAUCGCGCACUUUCCAGAAAACAGCCGAGGCAUUAGAUCUAACAACCAAAGAAAUGCACGAGUUUUAUCGCCUUUUUUAUAUUCCAGGCAUGGGCCAUUGCGCCGGUGGGAAUGGACAGUGGUCGAUAGGUCAGCCGCAAAUUGACCGACCUACUGGAGCCGAGUUCAACAAUUCGCAGCAUAACAUCCUUCUCGCCAUGGUGGAGUGGGUGGAAAAGGACCGUGCUCCCGUCACGUUGAUUGGAACAAAGUACGUGAACGAUACGGUGGCGAAUGGAGUGAUAGAGAGUCAAAGAACCCACUGUGUAUAUCCAAAUGCGAGCCGCUGGGACGGUAGUGGUGAUACGAAGGAAGCCGGGAGCUGGAGAUGUCAACUAGAAGGCAUUGUGUGA